GAAAGAGUGCAGAGUGAGCACAGCAGAAGUGAAGACCAGAUUAGUCACUGGAAAAUCCUUAUAAAUUUCUUGAGGUUAAAAUUCCUUAGCCACUUCUGGUAACGUCUUCCUCACAGGGUGGGAGACUAUAAGAGAACCACAGAAAAUACCUGCUUCCAAGGUACCUGGAAAAGGAGUGAAAUCUCUUAACAGGUCACUACUGGUAAAGUGAAGAAGCCUGAACGGAUGGCAGUAGCUCUAAGUGAUGGUAUAUUGGGCAGUCUUGGAGCUGAAUCCCAGCUGACAAGUGUUUCUCUGAUAAUAAGCCCUAAACUCUGAUACCCAUGGAUGCUGCAGAAUUCCGCAAGAGAGGGAAGGAGAUGGUGGACUAUGUUGCAGAUUACCUGGAGAAGAUAGAUAAAAGACAGGUCUUCCCAGAUGUGGAACCAGGAUACCUAAGGCCCCUCAUCGCAGACUGUGCACCCCAGGAGCCUGAGAGCUUCGAGGAUAUCUUUAAAGACAUUGAGAAGAUCAUUAUGCCAGGGGUGACUCAUUGGCACAGUCCGUACUUUUUUGCCUACUUUCCUGCAGCCUCUUCCUUCCCAGCUCUUCUUGCAGAUAUGUUGUGUGGUGGAAUAGGAUGUGUGGGCUUCUCUUGGGCUGCAAGUCCAGCUUGCACAGAGCUGGAGACUGUCAUGCUGGAUUGGCUGGGGAAGAUGAUUAAUUUGCCUCAAGAGUUUUUAGCUGGGAAGGAUGGACAAGGUGGAGGAGUCAUUCAGGGAAGUGCAAGUGAGGCCACCCUGAUUUCACUGCUUGCUGCUAGAACAAAAACUAUCAGACGUGUGCAGUCAGAAAAGCCUGAGCUAACAGAAGCAGAGAUCAUGGGCAGGCUGGUGGCUUAUGCUUCUGAUCAGGCUCAUUCAUCUGUGGAAAGGGCUGCAUUAAUUGGUGCUGUGAAGAUUAAAAAUGUUCCUUCAGAUGAUACAUUUACUGUUUGUGGUUCAGCCCUGAAGAAGGUUCUGGAUGAAGACAAAGCUGCUGGUCUUAUACCGUUCUUUUUCUGUGCAACUCUCGGAACCACACCUUGCUGCUCCUUUGACAAACUGUUAGAACUGGGUCCUAUUUGUAAUAAGGAAAAUAUCUGGAUGCAUAUUGAUGCAGCCUACGCUGGGAGUGCAUUCAUCUGCCCUGAAUUCAGGCAUCUCUUAAAUGGAGUGGAGUUUGCAGAUUCCUUUAACUUUAAUCCUCACAAAUGGCUCCUAGUGAAUUUUGACUGCUCUGCUAUGUGGGUGAAAAAAAGAUCAGAUUUAAUAGGUGCCUUUAAAUUAGAACCUCUUUACCUGCAGCAUCACCAUCAGGAGUCUGGUCUUGUAACAGAUUAUCGGCACUGGCAAAUCCCCCUGGGCAGGAGGUUCCGCUCCCUGAAGCUUUGGUUCGUGCUGAGGAUGUACGGGGUCAAGGGGCUGCAGGAGCACAUCCGCAAGCACGUCAGGCUGUCACAUCAAUUUGAACACUUAGUCCUUCAGGAUGGAAGAUUUGAGAUCUGUGCUGAGGUUGUCUUGGGACUAGUCUGUUUUCGGCUGAAGGGCUCAAAUAAACUAAACGAGGCACUUCUUAAAAGCAUUAAUGAGGCCAAGAAGAUUCAUCUGGUCCCAUGCCAUCUGCGAGAGAAGUUUGUGCUACGUUUUGCUAUUUGUUCCCGCACAGUGGAAUCCACCCACAUCAAGUUUGCCUGGCAGCACAUCUCACAGCUGGCAACUGAUCUUCUGAAAACAUGGGAGCAAAACCACCAACAGGAGUAACAGCAGUGAAGUACAAGUAGAGAUGAGGUAAUUAACUGGCUUUCUCUGUGUUGCCAAGUUUUAUUUUAGGGGCAGGUGGGAAAGUAAAAUUAAGAAGGAAAAAGAUAUAAAAACUGUUGUUACAUAGCCCAGCUGCAGUAGCAAAAUCCUUGCCAGCAAGUUGCAUUGUAAUUUUUAUUUACUGUAGUUUCAUCUUGCCUGUUUCCAGGAUGCACAUAGCCAAGGAGACUCGAGCUGUCAUUUCUUACCUGUUUGUAAUCAAGAUCAUUUAUUCAACCAGGCAAUGGAAACAGAAGGGUUAGUGCUCCCUCUGUUGUCCCCACACUCCUCUAGCACACCCACUCCUUCCUUCACAGAUGAAACGGAGAGGUCUUAUAACCAAUGAAUUUGAUGUUACUAUGGCUUCAAAAGAAAUCCAGUUUGGGGAAGUUCAGUAACCUGUUUGGAUCCUAUCUAAAUAGGCAAGCACAGAUGUCAUUGUUAGAAUUUGGGGCACUGUCAUGUCAUGACACACUGCAGUAAUUUUGUAAAUGAACAAAGGACAAAGGACUUCAAGACUUCCUUCAUUGCAUAGCCACAUUGAGGGGAGUGACCACUAAGUGAACACUAACCAUCCUUCUGGCAGGUUCUCUACUUUCCCCUAAAGGGUUUGGUUUUAAAACAGCCAUUUUGUCAAAUAUCAGCAAAGAGGUUAUGCCGGCUUUUGGUUUCCACUUUGAUCAUUCAUAAUGAGGCCUCUUAAAAACUCUCGAUGAAGAAUUUUGUCAAAAGCCAUGUGCUACCUGGCAUUCUGUAUUUUUAACCAAGUUACUAUAAGCAGUGAUUACUUGAAAAUAAUCUGUAAGAGAUGUUCUGUGAAAUUAAGUUAUGAUUACUUUUUAUGGCUACUGUUCUCCUUACUUCAUUGUGUAAUAAAUCUUUGAGAAAAUGUGCUAAGAAAUGUGAUGGCAAAAAAUGUUACUUUUCGUUUCUCAAAUUAGCUAACAAAUGUGUAAAAAAGUGACAAUAAAAAUAGAAAUUAAGAGAACUAACACUCAAAAUAUGCAGUGGUUCCCUCUUCAGUGGUUUUCAUCCAGUAACAGUGAUAUGUGGAAUAUGAAAAUACUGGAAAACAACUUUCACAGAAAGUCAAAUCACGUGUACUUGACACAAACCAUUGAUAUGUCAUCCUGUUGAAGGCAGGUACAGUAAAGACCUAAAAUGAAAGUCAGGGGUAAAAUGGAAGUCAGAACAAUAUUUGACUUUAAGAAGUACUUUUGCUGUUUUUAAAACAUGGAUUCCAGACAGUUAUUUCUAUGCAAAUAAGAACAACCUACUUAGCUAC